CAUAUUCAUCUUCUUUCUUAACCGCUUCUCUAAUUCCCUAAUUCCCCCUGUUCAAUUAGAUUGGAUACAAACCGCGUCUCUCUCUCUCUCUAUCAGUUUUCUUGGGAACUCUGAUAUUAUUGGUUUCUGUGCUUGUCAUUUUCUUUUUCAUGGGUUUUAGUGUCCCGUAUGUAUGUUCCAUGAUUUUGGGUGUUUAAGAUUGUAUUUUAAGAUCUUGUUUCAGUUGAGGAUAGUGGGUUCUUUGUUUUAAUUUUUAUUGGGAUUUGGGUUUUUAGUGAUAUUGACAUGGAAGAGGUUGCAGUACUGACAAAGGGAGAGGAUUGCAUAGAUUUGCCUCCUGGUUUUAGAUUCCAUCCCACAGAUGAAGAGAUCAUAACCCACUAUCUCUCAAUGAAGGUUGCAGAUAGCAACUUCAGUGCAAGAGCUAUUGGGGAUGUAGAUUUGAACAAGUGCGAGCCAUGGGAUCUACCAAAAAAGGCGAAGAUGGGAGAGAAGGAAUGGUACUUCUUUUGCCAGAGAGAUAGGAAGUACCCAACGGGCAUGAGAACCAAUAGAGCAACCGAAGCUGGGUACUGGAAGGCUACUGGAAAGGAUAAAGAGAUUUACAGGGGUAAAGGUUGUCUUGUUGGGAUGAAGAAGACCCUUGUUUUCUACAGAGGGAGAGCGCCCAAGGGGGAGAAAACCAACUGGGUCAUGCAUGAAUACAGAUUGGACGGAAAAUUCUCUUAUUAUAACCUCCCUAAAUCUGCAAAGGAUGAAUGGGUCGUCUGUAGAGUAUUUCACAAGAACACAGGCGUCAAGAAAAGCCCAGUUGUAGGCCUACCAAGGACGAAUUCUUCUGUGGAUGAUCUAUUGAGUAGUCCGCAAUUGCCACCUCUCCUGGAUCAUGUUUACCUCGAUACAAACGGAGCUAGCUCGAGCUUUAUGGACGGAGAAGACAUAUUCAAAGGGUUAGCCACAACAUCAUCAUCAGCCAUGAGAGCACCAGACGCAAAUCACCUUCCCUCCUAUAUCUUCUCAUCAGGCAUAAACGAUCAUCUUCAACAACCACCGCCACAACCACAACAGGACCAAAAGUGCUUUCUUCCACCCAACUACUCCAACACCAACUACCAAGGGAACCCAUCAAGUUACACACUUCCGACCUCCAUGUUCUACCCUCAAAUUCCUCCAUCGAACCCCUUCUUCUCCAUUCAAGGAACGACGAAUUCGGGUUACUUGCACCAAGGGAAGAACAACUCGAUCACAGGUUUUACAAGCUCUGGAUUCAGCGAACAUGAUCAGGCGGCAAUUUUGGGAGCUUUCGCUUCCUCCUUUGAUAAAUCUUCUAGGCAACUGAUGCAGUGUAAGGUAGAGCAGACCUCUAACCAGUCUAUGGUCAGCCAUUCUCAGGAUACGGGGCUGAGUAAUGACAUAACCACAGAAAUUUCGUCUGUUUCCAAGCAUGAACUUGGAAGGUCUUAUGAGGAUCUUGAGAGACCACCUCCAGAUAGCCCCGUGGGAGAUUUGGACUCUUUGUGGACCUACUAAAGAAUAUACGUGACUGGCAAGCCUCUUGUCCAUUGAUGAAUAUAUAUUAGAUGUUUAUUAUGUCUUUCUCUUCUAGCUCAGAAGAGAGAGAAUGAGGGAGACAUUGGAUUUUCUUUGUACAGACUCCAUGAUGAUAUAUUUAUCCAGACCUCAAUGUUACAGCCCUAUCUAUAGAGAACUUAAAGAAAAGGAUACUUCAUGAUUACAGUUAAACCCCAACCCCAUCAUGUACAUCUAUUCUUUGGUUGAAACAGUGCAUUUGUUUCUUUUGUUUUUC